GGAAGCGGAAAUGGAAUCGAGAUAGCCUCGCGCGUUUAGCCGGCCGCCGCCACCUCCACGCCCUAGGCCGGGCCGACUUACGGAGUCGCCGGAAGCGGAAGUCGCUGAGGGGUGGUGAAGCGGUUGGGAAAGUGUCGGUUUAUCUUCGCGCCCCUUGCGUUCUUGCCGCGGCUUGCCUGGGCAGAUAAAGCGCGAUUGCGAGGGCUCGGCAACCCUGCCGACUCAGCCGGAACCGGCUCCCGGCCCGAGGGGCGUGGUAUCCUGGUGCUCCGACUCCUUCCGCAGGCUCCUUGGGACCCGCGGUUCCGGGAGUCCCUUGUUCAGGGUCCCUUUCCUGCAGUGAGGCGCCGUCCGCCUUCCCUGUGUCCCCGCAGACCCCCAUCAUGGGCAAUACCAGCAGUGAGCGCGCCGCGCUGGAGCGGCAUGGUGGCCAUAAGACGCCCCGGAGGGACAGCUCGGGGGGCACCAAGGACGGGGACAGGCCCAAGAUCCUGAUGGACAGCCCCGAAGACGCCGACCUCUUCCACUCCGAGGAAAUCAAGGGUGGCAGAAGAGAAUGACAGCAAGCAGGGGAAAUGCCAGAUGCUUAUAAAACCAUCAGAUCUCAUGAGACUCACUCACUGUCAGAGAACAGCAUGGGGAAACCGCCCCCAUGAUCGAUUACCUCCACCUGGUCCUGCCCUUGACACGUGGGGAUUAUGGGGAUUACAAUUCAAGGCACCAGAGAAGGAGGAAUUCCUGGCCUGGCAGCAUGAUCUGGAAGUGAAUGAUAAAGCUCCCGCCCAGGCUCGGCCAACGGUGUUUCGAUGGACGGGGGGCGGAAAGGAAGUUUACUUAUCUGGGUCCUUCAACAACUGGAGUAAACUUCCCCUCACCAGAAGCCACAAUAACUUUGUAGCCAUUCUGGAUCUGCCGGAAGGAGAGCAUCAGUACAAGUUCUUUGUGGAUGGUCAGUGGACCCACGACCCUUCCGAGCCCAUAGUAACCAGCCAGCUUGGCACAGUUAACAACAUCAUUCAAGUGAAGAAAACUGACUUUGAAGUAUUUGAUGCUUUAAUGGUGGAUUCCCAAAAGUGCUCCGAUGUGUCUGAGCUGUCCAGUUCUCCCCCAGGACCCUACCAUCAGGAGCCCUACGUCUGCAAACCCGAAGAGCGCUUUCGGGCACCCCCUAUUCUCCCCCCACAUCUCCUCCAGGUCAUCCUGAACAAGGACACGGGGAUUUCCUGUGAUCCAGCUUUGCUCCCUGAGCCCAAUCACGUCAUGCUGAACCACCUAUACGCGCUGUCUAUCAAGGAUGGAGUGAUGGUGCUCAGCGCAACCCACCGGUACAAGAAGAAGUACGUCACCACCUUGUUAUACAAGCCCAUAUGAAGAGCUGGGGGCCGAUGGUGGCCCAGGAGACAGCGCACCACCAGGCUCCACACGCGCAUGCUUUCCCCAAGAGGGAGUGGACUGUACAUUGCUCAUUUCACACUCUUCAGAAGACAUUUCAUACCUGCCCUGGUCCUGCUUGAAGGUUUGUCCAGGCAGAGCAGCUCCUGCCGCGCCUCGGUCUGUGACAGUCCUCCUAGCACCCCCAUGGCUUUGAGCCUCGGGGACUCAUCAAGUCCAAGAAAAGAGGGAGGGGUGGCAGAGGAUCUGCAGCCCUGGCCCCGCGGUGCAUGAGGCCGGGUGCAGUUCUAAACCUACAUUCUCGAUUUUUCUUAAGCCAAAAAUGAAUGCUAACUCCUUUGCCAGUAAAAUUCUGGGAAACAGGGACUGAGGCCACACAUCAUUUCCAGUCAUCUGUGUGUUUUUAAGGCCAGCCACUUGUCCCUGUUGAGGCCUGGCUAUGGAACUAAAUAUAGUGUUGGUCUUGCCUGUCCUUCAAAAUCAACAAUAGAUUGUCUCUCGGCUCCAGGGAGGUGUCAUUUCUAUAGAAAUUAGAAGCUUUCUGAUUUCUAGAUGAAGUUUUACAAUUGUUUCUUACAGUCGUGUGCACUAAGUACUCUUUUUGUAAGCAGAGGUGGCUGGUUCUGCAGCCUUAAGGCCAUUUUUUAAGUCACCACGACUAGAAGUCACAUGAACUCUGCUCAGCAAUAAUCUGUUCUCAGAACAGACUUUUCAACCUGCUGCCGGAUUUCUCCAUUCAGCUGGAUGAUCCUCAGGACUGACCAGUUAGCUGGCAGGUUGUCCAGCUUUUUAUUCCAGUCAUAAUAGGUGACAGUGUUAACCGUGAAAACUUGAGAGGCACUCUGCCCUCUUCCCUAUAAAAUCACACAGCGUGAUUUUACAAGGUCCCGUGGCACCUUGCUCAGGACCUCUGCCCCUAGUUAGCAAGCCUGCAGCAGUUGCUGUUGCUUAUUCUGAAAGGAAUGUAGAACUUGACAGCAGCCUUCUGAGUCUGGGUCAGGAAGAUGUCCUUUGGACCAAAGCAGACUUCUUUAUACGCAGCUCAGUUUCCCGGGAGUCGCCACAGAUGUACCCACUAGCCCAGGUUGCUGUGAGUCAGCGGAAGCUCCCGUUAUGCCCUUUGCUCCUGGUGGGAGAGGGAGGAGUGAGCUCCCUGGGUUCCAGUAUUUACUUGGUAUACCUGAGUUUGGGGGUACCCUUUUUUGUGACUGUUUUCAAAACAGUGAAUUACUGUCACCUUGAUGUACAAGUUUCAAUAAAACUUACUUUGUAAAAA